AUUGGAUCUCAAAUGGUGGUCACGUGAUGUAUGUUUGCUUCCGCGUUAUCGUCACAUUGCGCAGUUUGGUUGUUUUGUGACUUUAUCUUUGCUGGGAGCGUGUUAUCUUCGAUGUUUUGUGCAUUUCGGUAACAAUAAUGUUCCAGCUGAGGUCCUUUGUCCACCAGCGGCUGUACGCAGCAGCCGAAGAGAUCCUGGGAGAGGUGGAGAAAACAAUAACGUUAGCUCUGCACGAAGCCCGCACACAACGACCCAAACAAGACCCUGACGCCCAGCAUCCAAAACCGGACUGUCUGCAACAGAUAUCAGAACCUCAGCUGACCACAGGUGCUCUAAAUAAGGAGGGGGAGCUUCCAGAGAACUUAGCACAUCCAUCAACACAAGAAGAGUCUGACUUGAAUGAGGCUGAGGUCCAAUACCCCGCUCAGACUACCGCAGGAAGAGGCUUUGUCCAGAUUGAUUUUGGGUUAAAAGUUGAGCAGGAGGAACACGGGGAGGACAGUGAGAUACAGGAAGUUAUUUUUCCUCCUGUUGAAGUUGUGAAAUGUGAACAAGAUCAGCCAGAGGCGAACAUUUCUGAUGAAAUGCAGCCGGUUUCCUCGGACUGCUCUGAAGCUGAGAUUGAUGGCAAUGGCAGCGAUGAGGAGUGGGCGCAGAAUAAAGGAGCAAAGAUGAACGUGAAGAAACAAAAACCUGAUGGAAAUACUUCUGCUAGAAGUAUAAAGGACCUCCUUGUUUGCCCUACAUGUGGAAAGGGUUUCCAGUACAUCCGUCCUCUCAUGAAGCACAUUACAACACAUAAAAAGACAAAUGAGUCCAAUGAGGAGCUUCUAAAUAAUUUGCAAAGUGCUUAUAAGACUGUUUGUGAUUUUUGUGGCAAGAAGUUUGCAUCUGCGGGUUGUCUUAAAACGCAUUCAAAAAUACACACAGGGGUGAGAGACUAUAGAUGCCAAGACUGCGGGAAAACCUUUAUCCAAAAAGGGCAUCUUACUGUGCACAUACGGACCCAUUCAGGGGAGAGACCAUAUUACUGCGAAUUCUGUGGAAGAGCUUUCAGCCAGAAACAGAAUCUCUCAGCUCACGAGAGGAGGAUACACAUGGGGGAAAUGCAGAAUCAAUGUGGAUCAGAGAGGAAACAAGUUCUCUGCGGUGUUUCCCGUAAACGACACAAAAGCUUUCUGUAGUAGGAAAAAAAAAUUCUCCUGUGAGAUCUGUGGUAAAAACAAAAAAUCAAUAAGAUGAAUUUGUUCUGACAAAAGUAUGCACUCACGGCAGGAUGCACAAAGUAUUCUCUACAGUUCAGAAACGUUUAAAAGUGUUGCUCCAAAAUGUCUGUGCAUGUAGCUAGUUUAUGAAACUAAUUACAUAUUGAGUGAAGGGAAACUUUGUAAGUGUAUUACUCGCUGAGGAUCUUGGUUAGUUCUCCCCUUUGUUGACAAACCGGCCAGGGAACUAGAAUGGAAGCAAGGCUAUCAACCAUUGCAGAGAGAGUCCAGCCCAUACACCAAUGUUGGUGUGACUACACCACAUUGUGAUGUCUGAAAGCCUCUCUGUUUGGCACUGUUUCGUGAAUGUAUUACAUACGUGUUCCUCCACCUGCUAAAUAAAGAGGCACAGCUGACCAGGAUCCCCCAUUGGUUAUACAAUUACUAUUGACAAGUUACCCACUUAAAAAAAAACUGCAUUCAGAAUUUAUAACUGAAUUUAUAAAUUUGUUGAAGGUGUUCCACAGGGUUCGAUGUUGGGCACACUUCCUUUAAAUACUUUUUUUAUCAGUACUAUUGUUUCAUCAGUGGCAAACAGACAUGCAGAUCUGCAAACAGAUAACAUAGUGUUGUUUUAUGUUGCUCAUUCUAUACAUUUCACAAAAACCUACACCUUUUUAUUAUUGUGCUUCAGGAUAAGACUCAAGCCUCGCACUUAAUGCUAUUAAAGCAAAUUAAUGUAUUUUUACACAGGCAAAGAGACUAACAUCUCAAUGAAUUUACUAAAAUAUGUCUGAUUCAGAAAUAAAUAAAAACGCAUGAAAAUCUGAAAUACAAAUGACAAACUAUUUGUUCUUGUGUGCUGGCAAAAUAUUUGUUUUUUGUAGAGGAAUGAAGUCAACUUUUCUACUGAAUUGUUCCCGUCUGAGGCACCGUAGUGUCGAUCUUUGUAGGUACUUUGAUUGUAGGCAUCCAUUCCAACCCUUAAAGUUUUUAAUUUGUCUGUGCUUCACUUGAUAAGGCUGGAUGGUCCUCUUGACAGCAUAGAAAAGAUAGCUUUAAUUUUGUGUCCAUGAACCCCUAAAAGAAGUGCAACUCUCUGGAAGAAAACACCACCUUUUUAUUCAUUACACUCAAACAUUUCACAGUUUGACCAGCAGGUGGCAGUAGAUACAUAUAUGUUAUGUGGACAGAAGCUGACAGGUGUUUCCAAGCAAUUCAUCCACAAAUUCAAAUUGAACCUAUGUACAUAAUGUGACUGUCACACCUCCUUGUAAACAUGUCUUUGGUGCAACUGAGGCUCCAUCACAUCAGUACAUGGAUAUGAGACAGUGAGCCUUUGAGCACAGAUGUAAAAUCCCCCUCCAGCAUCUGAAAGGGACUAACAUUUGUGUUGUUUGCAGGCAUUUUGGUAUUCUUAAAGUUGCCUACAUCCACUUUGAGUUUAUUUAUUGUGCCUUUGUUCUUGUUUUGUAAAUAUUUUUACACCUUUUAGUAGUUGCUUGUCUUCAGUGGUUUUGUGUGUUUUUCUCUCUUUGAAGUGGUUAAAUGUUUUGGUUUAUGUUUUGCACCUCUAUUUGUUUGUGUUUUUGGUCGUUGUUUUUAUUUUGCUCUUCGCAGAUGCCUUCUGUCCUUUUGUAGUUGUGUUCUGACUCUUUAAAUCUUCUUCAAUUCAUUUUGUGUGUCUUUGUAGGUGCUUUCUGUGUCAUUGUCUUUGUUUCUGUGUCUUACAUUUUUUGUGACUGAAUUUGUGUGACCCUUUGUUGUUUUCUGUGUACAUGUCUGACUGUAGAUGUUUUGUUUCCUUUUGAAGAUGUCUCUUAAUAUC